AUGUCGACUCCAGCCGCCGCCUACUACGCCGCCGCCGCGCGCAAGCAGUACUUUUGCUACCAAUGCAACCGCACCGUCCUCAUCGCGGCCUCCGCCGCCGCCGCCGGGGAGCUCUCGUGCCCCGAGUGCCACGGCGACUUCCUCGAGGAGGUCACCGUCCCUGCCCCGACCUUCAUCCCGCUCCCCUUCCCGUUCCCCUUUGCCUCCACCACCACGAUCCCCGCCGGCAGCACCGCCCCGGCCCCCGCCGCCGCCCCCGCCCCAGCAGCCGCCGGCUCCGGCGGGUCCCCUCCCUUCUCGUCCUCGUCCUCCUCCGCCGCGACCUCCCCGUCCCAGCCCAACGACAUCUCCUCCAUCCUCAACAUCUUCCUCGGGCUCGGGGGCGAACAACCCCCCAUCAGGUCUGGCGGCGGCUCCGGCUCGCGCGCAGCCGCCGGCACGGCCACCCCCGAGAACGAGCCGGAGCCCUUCGACCCGGUCAUGUACUUCCAGAAUUACAUCCACAGCCUCAUGGAGGGGGGCGCCAACAUCCAGGUCCUCCUCGACGACGCCAGCGUCAACCUCGGCUCCGGACCCGGCCUCGGCCGCAUCGGCGGGGCAAGCUUCGGGGAUUACUUCGUCGGCCCAGGCCUCGAACAACUCAUCGAGCAGCUCGCCGAGAACGACCCCAACCGCUAUGGCACGCCGCCGGCUGCCAAGUCGGCCCUCUCCUCGCUCCCCGAUGUUGUCGUGACUCACACCAUGGUUGCAGCUGCGGAGGGUGCUGAGUGCGCCGUCUGCAAGGAGGAUUUCUCGCCUGGGGAGGUGGCCAAGCAGAUGCCCUGCAAGCACAUCUACCACACCGACUGCAUCGUGCCGUGGCUUGAGCUUCACAACUCGUGCCCCAUCUGCCGCUUUGAGCUGCCCACUGACGAUCCUGACUAUGAGGGGCGGAAGGGCUCUAAUCCUCAGCCGGCUGUUGGUAUUGCUGCUGCUGCAGCUGCAUCUGGGAGCUCGACUGCUGCUGAGGGACAAAUGGAGGAGAGGCAGGAGAAUCCAAGGGUGGUUGAGAGGAGGUUCAAUGUCUCGCUGCCGUGGCCAUUCAGUGGAUUGGGAGGCCAAACAUCGCAGCAGGAUGGGAACAGUGGGGGCAGCGGAAGCAACUCACAAGGCGGUGGCUCGCAAGAUGGUGGCCCACCCAGCAGCAAGAAUUGA